UCACUUCCUAAUGACGACCAGCUCUGAGAGCAACCCUGGCGAGAACCAGACCAUCUCCGAUGGGUUCAUCCUGGUGGGGUUUUCUUACCUUCAUGAGCUGCAAAUCCUUCUGUUUCUGGUGCUUCUGGUCCUCUACUUGGUAAUCCUGAUAGGGAACCUGCUUGUUAUCCUCCUGAUAAAGCUCAACUCCUCCCUCCACACCCCCAUGUAUUUCUUCCUGGUCAACCUGUCCUUCUUGGGAAUCUGCUUCACCACCAGUAUUUUCCCACAGCUGCUAGUUCACCUCCUGGUGAAGGACAAGACCAUCUCCCUUGCUGGCUGCGCGGCCCAGAUGUAUGUCAUGACCAUCAUGGGCCUCACAGAAUGCUGCCUCCUCGCAGCCAUGGCCCAUGACCGCUACGUGGCCAUCUGCCACCCCUUACACUAUACGACCAUCAUGAGUGGAAGGGCUUGUGCGCAGCUCAUGGGAGCUUCAUGGUUCAUCGGCAUCUCAGUGGAAGUAGCUCAGACCACGUGGAUCUUCAGCCUGCCCUUCUGUGGCUCCAACCAGAUCCACCAUUUCUUCUGCGACAUCCCACCCGUGUUGAAGAUGGCCUGUGCCGACACAUCCAAAAAUGAGAUCAUGGUUUUGACUGUGACAGUUGUGUUCAUAUUGGGUCCUUUUCUAUUGAUAAUCCUGUCCUACAUCCGCAUUAUCUCCACCAUAAUCAAGCUGCCAUCGGCAGAGGGGAGGCGUAAAGCCUUCUCCACCUGCUCCUCCCACCUCAUGGUGGUGACGUUGUUCUAUGGAGUGGCCCUUAUCACCUACCUGGGACUCAGGUCGAGUUCCAAUCCGGACAGUGAUCAAGUGAUUGUCCUAAUUAACAUAACUGUGGCACCUCUGUCAAAUCCCAUAAUAUAUACUCUGAGGAACAAAGAGGUAAAGGGAGCCUUUAGGAAAACAGUAGAGAAGAUCAUCUUUUCCCACAGCUGGAGGAAGAAUGAAAACUAG